AUGUCAAAUCCGAAGUUGAAAAUGCGCGAAAAAGUCUUUAAAGGCUGGGUUACUUUAGUUUUUCUUUUAGCAUUUCAGUUAGUAGGCAUUGGGAUGUUUGCGCGAGGUUUUUUCCCAUAUAAAACAAAUUUAUCAGGGUUUUCUAAAGUCAAUAAAACUCCGCCCUUACCAAACGGAGAAAACUCCUCUCUCCCGACACCAACUUUUGGAAGGCUGGUAUUCAUUGAUUUCGUGUUUGGCAAAAACUCUAAUAUGACAUUCAUUCAAAGAAUGAUAGCCGAACGUCGAGCUAUUCCUUUUACUGCCUUUGCAAGUGCUCCUACUGUCACGUUACCUCGAAUAAAAGCUCUUACUGCAGGUACCGUUCCGAAUUUCUUGGAUGCUAUUCUAAACAUCGCGGAAUCAGAUACUUCUAGCUCAUUGGCAUAUCAAGAUAAUUGGCUUGUGCAAAUGAAGCAAACUCGUAAUGUGACAAUUUCAUUUUUUGGGGACGAUACUUGGAUAAAAUUGUUUCCUGGAUUAUUUCAUAAAACAGACGGAACCACAUCAUUUUUUGCCACGGAUACAGUUGAAGUCGACUUAAAUGUCACGAGACACAUAGUCACAGAAUUAUCUGAUCCUAACUGGGAUGUAAUAAUAUUGCAUUAUCUUGGUCUGGAUCAUGUUGGACAUUCCAGUGGUCCGUACAGUUCAUUGAUGAAACCUAAACAAGGAGAAAUGGAUCAAGUGGCAAAAACUAUUUUCGAUAUGAUGUUAGAACAGGACGCACAAAGGAUAAGAUUGGAUUCUAAUGCUAAGCCAACUCUCUUUGUAUUAUGCGGGGAUCACGGGAUGAAUGAAGCGGGAAAUCAUGGCGGGUCUUCAAUUGGGGAAACAUCAACGGUGAUUGUUUUGUUGAGCUCAAAGUUUGGCAUUUUUACGCGCUUACCCGCUACCUUUGACACCCCAAGUGAACCAGAAUCUUUUCGCUAUUAUAGUUUGGUCAAUCAAGUAGAUUUGGUGCCCACGUUGUGUUUUUUAUUUGGAGUCCCAAUACCAAAAAAUAAUUUGGGUAAAAUUAUGCUUGAAGUAUUUGGAGAUCUUAAUGAAUUCGAAAUAUUAAGAUUAUUGCAAUUGAACGCUUAUCAAUUAUCUGAGCUUCUUCAAAAUUUUGACCACAACCCGAAUUAUCUCGAUACACGGAAUGAUUGUGAUUAUUAUGAUGACAAUGCACAAGAAAGACUACAAUGCUUAUAUAAUCUCGCGCAUUAUUAUCAUUACAAAGCUCUUCUAGUUACUAAUGAUACUGAUACAACAUUAACAAUCAAAUCUCGCAAAUUUUAUGAACAGUUCAUACAUGAGACUAGCUCGAGACUUUCAUCGAAUUUUAGUGAAUAUAAUCUUGGCUCUAUAUAUAUUGGCAUUGCUUGUAUGAUUGUGACGAACAUUGCCUUUAUGGCUAUCCUUAUUGCUUCUACUUGUAAUCGAAAUCGUUCCUCGAGAAUCAACUCAUCGGAUAAACAAAAUAUUUGGAAUGUCCAGCGAAUACUAAUUUUAAUUGGUAUAAUUCAAAUAUGUAUCAUGAUGUUUGCGAGUAGUUAUAUUGAGGAAGAACAUCAGUUUUGGUAUUAUUGGAUGCAAACUAUGUGGAUUGGUUUGUUCCUUAGCGGUAUAAAAAUCAAACAAAAUCCAUUCUCCUCGCUUAAUUUGACAAUAUUGGGGCAAUUAAUCGCUGUUCGAUUAAUUCGAAGUUGGAAUCAAACAGGCCAAAAGUAUGCUGGUGAAAUUGAUUUACGCUAUUAUCUAAAGACGAAAUAUCUUGGUGUGAUGUGGAUAUUAUUUUUUGGGACAAUACUUUGCCUCAUAAUAGUCACAUUGAAUCAAAUCCAAAAGUCGUUUAAUGAAACACGAAGAUUACGCCUAGGAAAACUCGUGCAAUACAUGAACCUAUUUUUACAUUCUUUUUUUGCAAUCAUUACAAUAUUUGUCGCCUUUCUCUUAGUGACAUAUAAAUUAGAAGUUGAUGCUCCGACUUUUCUCAAGUUUAUUCGAGAACUUCCUUUCGGACAUUUUUGGGACAGAAUGGAUCGUAUUCUGCACGCGCGAAUUACUUACAGCUUUUUAUUUACUCAGAUUUCGUUAAUUUUAUUCAUUAAAUUUUUAUUUAACGGUAGUAAUUAUGAACAGCAUGAGACAAACAUAGUUAAUGAUAGUGAAGGCAAUUCAAACUCUUUGGCAUCCGUUGAUCUCGGAAAUUCGUAUAUAGGUAUUAGCGAAUACAAUAUGCUUUUCGUUGGACUUCUGACAUUUUUCACGAAUUGGGCUGGACCAAUAUGGUGGGCUAUCGCUUGGAAUGUCACACGUCAAGAAAUUUCAAAGAUUCAACAACAAAAUCAUAAAAAAACGCGUCCAGAAAAACAAUCUUUCGACGAUAGCCAAGACGAAAACCUUACAAAAGAUACCCUAUUUUUUGAUUACCUGAUACACACAUCAUCUUUUCACGCUCUAGUUCUCUUAUGUUUAUCGAUAGCAGUCACUAUUCUAAGAAGCCAUUUGUUUAUUUGGACUGUAUUCUCUCCCAAGUAUUUGUAUCAAAUUGUAUGGAAUGCUUUAUUUCAUUUGGGAUUUGGAGUUUUGAUUUCGGGAAUUUUACAUUUAUUUGAAAAUUGA